GUGUGCUAUAGCAUAAGACAACUAAGAUAACUAUUCUAGAACUGUUUUUUAGUUUGAUGAGUGGAUUUUACUCUUUUUUUUAUUUUCUUUUUUUACUAUUUUAUCCUUCAUAUCAGGCAUGGAUCCAAACGGCACAGAUGGGGCUAAGUCUGCAGAUGGACUUGGUAGAAGUCCUGCAGGCAUGAUCCUUCUCUCUCUCACUCUGUCUGUGCUGGCUAUACUAACCACAGCAAUCAACUCCUUAGUCAUCACUGCCAUCAUUGUCACUCGAAAACUUCACCACCCUGCCAACUACCUUAUCUGCUCUCUGGCUGUGACGGACCUGCUGGUGGCUAUCCUGGUCAUGCCCUUCAGCAUCGUCUACAUUGUGAAGGAGACGUGGGUCAUGGGUGAGGUGAUGUGCACCAUCUGGCUCAGCGUUGACAUUACCUGCUGCACAUGCUCCAUUUUGCACUUGGCGGCUAUUGCUGUGGAUCGUUAUCGCGCCAUCACGGAUGCUGUGGAAUACUCCAGGAAGAGGACAUCUCUAAGGGCUGCUGUCACGAUUAGUGUCGUCUGGCUCCUGUCCAUUCUCAUUUCCUUACCGCCGAUGCUCUGGGGACACCACAAAAAAGAAGAGCAGGAGAACGAAUGCCUCAUAAAGCAUGAAAACAUUGCUUUCACCCUUUACUCCACAUUUGGGGCCUUCUACAUCCCACUUAUACUCAUCCUUAUCCUUUACUACAAAAUAUACAAAGCAGCUAAAAUUAUUUACCACAAAAGAAGGCCCAGCCCCAUGAACAAGCUUGAGAUAAAUGGACACAAGAUCCCUAUGUGUCCAGACAGAGAACAGCAGAGCCUUGAUGCACUCGCCUUACCAGAGAAGUCAAUGUCAGAACCCUCUACUGAGGGCGACAGGGGACGUUUCUCUGCAGCAAGCCCAAAUUUUCAGCCUCACAGUGAGAGGUCCAUUAAAAGACAACGGAUUUCAGGGGCACGUGAAAGAAAGGCAGCCAUGACCCUUGGCCUUAUUCUUGGGGCAUUUGUCAUCUGUUGGCUGCCAUUCUUCAUUCAGGAAGUGAUUAUUAACAUAUGCAGCAGCUGUAUCCCCUCCAAUGAAAUAACUACACUUCUGACCUGGCUAGGAUACCUUAACUCCCUAAUCAACCCACUCAUUUAUACCAUCUUCAAUGAGGACUUCAAGAAAGCCUUUCAUAAAUUGAUCAAGUGUCGGAAUGAGCUCUGAUACAGAAAAUGGCAUAUCAUUGCUUUCACAGAAAACAUUAAAUAUUGAUGUGACAUUUUGAAAAUUUGAGAGAACACGAAGACUUCUGUAAUGCAGGUGAAUAUGUAAAACUGAUUUUGUUUACAUACUUCUAGUUCAUCUGUAAACAUGUAUACACUGCUCAUCAAAAGAGACCUUGCUUUUUUGACCUUAAAUGAUCCCAAACAAACUAAAACUGUGCAGGAGAAAUUUGUAGAGGCAUUGCUGUUUGGAAGUCACUCAACCUUCACCCAAGAUGUUUUGGGAUGAGUCAGUUUGAAAGGCAGUUUGCGAGACAGCGGUGUCCACUGUGAUGGCCUGCAGGCUGGUACAAACUCUCUAACUAACACCUGCAUAAACUUUGUCCAUAAUUUAUAUGAAGGAAGUGUGACAUUUGUACUGCUGAGAGAUUUGUAAAUUAACAUAUACAUGAAUUGUCUUUUAUUUAUCCAUGCACAUACAUGGAUAAAUAAAUGGCCACUUUUAUAUGGCCAAAUGUUUGUUGAUACCUGACCAUCACAUCCAUAUGUGCACCUUCCCCAAACUGUUGCCACAAAAUUGGAAGUACAGAAUGUCUUUGUAUGCUGUAGCAUUACAAUUUCCCUUCACUCGAACUAAGAGGCCCAAACCUGUUCCAGCAGGAUAAUGCCCCUGUGCACAAAGCGAGGUUCAUGAAGAAUGGUCUGCCAAGGCUGAAGUGGAAGAACUCAGGUGGCCUUCACAGAGCCCUGACCUCAACCCUUCUGAAGACCUUUGGGAUGAAUUGGAACGCAGACUGCACCCCAGUCCUACUUGCCCAGCAACAGUACCUGACCUCACUAAUGCUCUUGUGACUGAAUGGGCAAAUCCCCACAGCCACACUCAAAUAUAGUGGAAAGUCUUCCCAGAAUAGUGACAGUUAUUAAUAUAGCAAAGGAGGAUUAAUAUGGAAUGGGCUGUUCAAAAAGCACAUAUGAGUGUUAUGGUCAGGUGCCUACAAACAUUUGGCCAUGUAGUGUAUUUAUGUGAUA